CAUAGAAAUGCGAUUCAAGAUUGAAAUCCCCACAAUGAUGGCUGGGAAUCAACAGCUUGGAGGCAUUAAUCAAAGCAUACAUCCGUAUGCCUGCUAUAACCAAAAUUCCGAGUCAUAGGAUUCCCAGCGUUUUUCCACCGUUAAUUUCCGUAAAUAAAUUGUUGCCUCAAUUAUUAUCAUGUGGAGUGUAAGACGUGGCAUUGCCUCUGCGACCGCUGAAGGUCUCCGAAAGUUAUCCCCCAAUCUGGGACAAUACUCUUAUCCUCUUCAAUCAUGGUGUCCACCUGUUUCGCAUUCAACCAACUUCGUUAAGAAACUGGAAGCAACGAGGAACUAUCUGAGGAUAACAGAGGAACCCGAAUUGCCCAAUUUGGUAAAGGUUUAUGAGCAAUUGUACCGGGGUUGUCAUAGAAUACCUGUUGGCUCCACCAAGCUUAGAAAAUCUGCACUAGACGAUCCGCCAAAGAAAUUUAGGAAAAAAAACUAUUCGCAAAAAAACCCCGGAAACAUUUUGAAUUUAGCACUCAACAAUUUAGCAAGCAAAUCAAACAGCACAGUUAGUGCAUCUAAAAGGCCGCAACGCUAUUUUAUGAACUUAACGGAGCCUGAAAUCAGUAAUCCUCCAAAGACUUUCAAAAAUAAAAACUUUAGAGAAGCAGCUGGUUAUAAUAUCCCUAAAAUCGAUAGUCCACUGUCAAAAUUGCCAGAAGCAAGAAACAGCAAUGUGCAAAAUUCCUUGAAUAAUCCUCGAAAAUCCACUACCUCAACUAAAACUAAGGUUAAGAAUUAUUCAAAAACUUCCCAGCCCCGAAGACUAUCUCGAAAACAGUUUCUAAAGAACUUAAACUCCGUCGAUGAAUUCCUUGAAAACCUUAGGAAUAGUAAACUUAAAAAUAGCAUAAAAACGGAUAUUAAAAAUCUAAAAUAUAGCUCACCUUAUUCAACGGGGUCACUAGGUUCUAGGACAAAGUAUCGAUCUCAAAGGAAUACCGUGACUAAAGAUGAGAAUGCCACUGCAACACAGCUUCAAGAUAACACCAAACAGGAAAUCGAUUUCGAGCGCAACAGCAUGACACCAUGGGAUCAAGUAUUCUCCAUGUCGUGGCUACCAAAAUUGGAAAGGAACUUUCUUAGUCCUGGGCCCACCGAUCUCUAUGAUUUUGGACCCCUUGAUAUACAAUCGUAUGUAAAAGACUUCGAGUCCACGCAUAGCAUUCAGGCUUAUGUCAAAGCGCCUUCGUCAAGUGCUGAAAAGCCCAGGACUAAACGUGUAAGGAUAAAGGAAAAGAAGCCAAAUCUACAACGUGCGCCGAGAAGGCAGUUUAAAAAGAAAUUCUGUGUAACUGGGUCGUGUAAAAGACCAAACUGUUUUGCAAAACCAUACAAAUACCACUUGUUUAGGUUCGAAAUCUGUCCGAGAAAACGCAGAACUCGCAAGAAAACUGUGUCCUGUCAGACAGAAGUCAAUCGAAACAGAUGUGAACUAUGUGAUUUCAGCAGGCCAAAGAACGAACCCGACGAACCAUUCAUGAUUGAGAUGAAGAGGCGUCAGGAUCGCGAGCAGUUGAAGAAGUACUAUCUAAAAAUGGCCGAGAGGGAAAAACAGUACUGUACAGAUACAGAACCUAAAUCCUUUGCUAAAUCUGGAACUAGUUGCAAUGAUAAUGUCGGCAAGAUGCGCCACGAACUGAAGAAAUGCUUGGUUACAUUGAACCUUUGUGGAAGUCUUGUCGAACAUUGGUUGCAAUUGUCCAGCUGCAAAAGGAGAAACUACAGUUCGUUUGGAUGCCAAACUCAGUGGCACUAAAAUAGACCAAGCAUUUAAAUGCAUGAUGCAUUAAGUAUAUUUUUACUGUCGGACAAGGUGUUCCAACUGAUGAUACUAAAUAAAUAUACCCUCAAAAUUGUA